AUUAAGAUGUUUUCAACAAUAUUACUAGGGCGUUCACCGAUUCUAACAUGGGCGACCCUUUUGGAAACGCAACACAUGGGUUGACCUGAUUGAUAUAUGGGUCAGAUUCCAUUAAGGUUCGGAACAUAGUCAAGAAUUCUUACUAAACAGAAAAGAUAAUGGCUACUGACAAAAAAAAGGAGGAUACGCCAAGGUUCCUGGUGGGAGCAUGCCUAGGAAUGUGUCCUUAUGCAGAAGUUCGACUUCGGCAACGAGAAAACUUGGUUCAUCCUUUGGAAAUGGCAGUUGAUUCCAAUGGUGGAAGGCUGAAUUACGUUCAGCCUAGAGCAAUGGUUAAAGAGUUUUCUCGCUCAGCAGCUGGUCAUGAGAUAAAGGCAUCUGAUAUUCGCCCUUUACCUGUGUUGAUAAAAACCAUGAAAUAUUUGUUAACUAGUGUAUGCCAGAGACAAGAUGUGUCUUGGGCUGUAGUAUACCAGUUCAUUAGUGAUCGACUGCGAGCUGUUCGACAAGACUUGUGUGUUCAGGGACUCAAGAAUUUCACAUGUAUACAGCUUUAUCUUGCUGCUGUUAGAUUCUACACAUAUGCUCACUAUAGAACUUGCGAACAUGACUUGAAUGACUUUGAUCCAUAUCUCAAUAAGAAACACCUUAUUGAAACAUUAACACUAGUUAUCUCACUCUUCCAAGACCAAGACACCGAAGAAAGAGAACAUAAGAUAAAUAAUGCAAGUUUUAGAGAUGAUGAACUAUUUUCUAACAAUUGGGACGACAGUGAUGAAGAGGAACUUUGGAGUAAUGGCAGUGAGGAUACUAGUGAGAGCAAGAUUGUUCAGGAUGCAAAAAUAAGUGAAAAGAAUAGUAUCCCCAAGAGAACAGAAACAGAAGAGUCGCAAAGCCAAAGCCAAAGCUCAGAGGCAGACAUAGAGGAAGUAGUAAGAGAUUUGAAUGGAGCUGGGAUUUCAAAAAGUUCUACGGAUACUGAACAAGCAUCAUCAUCACUAUCAACAGAUAGAAGAGAAGAGCGUGAACAUAUUAUGAUUUCUGGUUAUUCAUCAAGAGAAGAAGCUGAGGCAUUAUAUUUAUUGGUAAACUUUGGCAAUGAAGAAGUUCUGAAACAUGCAAUUGAACUUCGAAAAGAUAUAAGGUGUUCAGAACUCGUCUCUCUAGCAAUCAAGAUGAAUAUUGCAUGGAUCUCCUGUAAUUACUGCCGUGUUCUCCAGCUUUCCACAUCUCUACCGCCAUUAUUCCUUUGCGCCUUCCACGCACACAUGACCAUGAUACAGAGAACAGCACUUGGCAUAUUAAGUAAAGCUCAUAGCAGUAAAGGACUGGUGUAUAAACAAGAAGACCUUGCUGCUCUCCUGUACUUUCCCAGCACACGGGAACUAAAGGAAGCUUGCAGACAUUAUGGCCUCACUGUGACUGACGAAGGCGUCAUUUUCGUGAAAUCAGCAUUUAACUGGAAUACACCAAUGAUGAAACCAAUGCGUGUUAAGAGGAUAGAAGAUAAGUUGACCAACAUACAGCUGUCUGAACUCUUGCUUCCAAAUGGUCUUGUUCUGUAGUGUUAUUUAUGAAACUGUUGCAUCAUUGUAGUGUUACAGUUGACUUCUGCAUGCAGGUAAUAUUGGAGAUUACAAAUUUGUAAAGCUCGUGUUUGAAUUCCCGGACCUGGAUUUUACCUGGAUGGGGUUCUGGGAGUUCCUCUACUUCCCAAGCCCAUCCCGUGUUUGAAUUCCGGACCUGGAUUGUACCUGAAUGGGGGUUCUGGGAGUUCCUCUACUUCCCAAGCCCAGCCCGGGGCCAGGCUUGACUUGUGAGAGCUUGGUCUAACAGUUCCUCAAGUGCCAUUGUGAUGCAAUGGGUUGCUGUUGUUGCAGUCUAUCUUGCAAUUAGACUAGUAAGCAUAUGUACAAAAUUUGAACAGUUGUUCAUAGGAAAUGUUCAAAUUUUUUCAAGCGUAGGUUAGACGUAUAUAUGAAUAAGUUUCUAUAGAUAGAAAUAGGAGCGGCCUCGUAUGGGCCAAUAGGCCUUUUGCAGUUACUUUGAUUCUUUUGUUAUUGUGUUCUUACAUGGUCAAGAUUUUAUAUUACUGAUAAUUUUAGAGUAGCUAAACAUAAUAAACUAAAAGAGUGAUAAUUUUGAUUAAAAAAAAUUGUUCUCUCAGAAAAAUGACUGACAUUCUGUAAUUGUUCAAUGAAUGAUACCAGCCCAAGGCAGGCAGCAUGAUGGCAGUGUUGUGGCAGAUAGGAUCAUAACAGUAAGGUUAAAAUCCUUGGUUUAUGUCUCUAAGUAGUACAGUAAUUAGAGACUACUUCCUUAACUAUUGUUUUGUUAUACAGUAGUUGUGUUAUGUAUGCAAGGGAACUGUGCAAGAUCAUUUCAUUUACAGUGCUGAAAUAGAGUAUAUUAGAUUACUGGAACUGAAUACAGAUUGUCCUGUAUACUGUAAGUACAAACUGCAUACUUAAAUGUAUGGUUCUUAUUAUUUUCCUGUUAGCUUUUUCAUAGAUUUAAAUCUUUUAAAAUGUAAUAUUUGACCCAACUUUAUUUCUAUGUAAAAGGCAGUGUUAGUGUUUUAGAAAAAAAAUUCAGGAUUUUAGCACAAUUAUGUAUUGCUACUGUUUGUACUGGGUGUUAAAUUAGAUUGUAUGUAUCUUCACAGCCUCUGAAUGUACGUGAAACGAAGUAACAGAUCCUGUCUUCUGAGCAUUUGCAUUCAGUGGCCCCAAAGAAAGUAAGAUUUGCUGCGUCCUUUAUACAGGACUAAGGCAGAUGACAUUCUAGACACCUUUGCUACAAACCUUUUCUAUCAGUGCUUACAAGGUCAAUAAAGGUGGUAGGGGUCACAGGAGAUUAGCUAAGUCUACAAUGACACAUGUGCAUUUGUAGAACUGAAAGCCCAGUAAGAGUUCUUUUAUAUGAUGAAAGGUAAUGGUCCAAUAAGGUCUUCGCCUAACAGGUUAUUACAAUAUCGUCCUGACGACUAGGUAGCAUUGGGUCCAUGUAAUUACCCAAAGCCACAACAUUGUCACUUGGAUCAUCGACUUCCUGUGGUUUUUACUUCCUUCCUGUGAUUUUACACCUGCUACUUAGUUUUGUCUAAUUUUACUAUAAAAUGAUAUUAUUUCAGAGGAGAAAUAUGUUUUUUCAUGUUCUACAUUCAACACCAACAUUAUAGUGAGUAAAUAUAUCAUAGUUCUUCAUUACAGUACUUACAUAAUGCUGGGAAGCUUUGGUUAAUUAGACGGACUGAUAGCAUCACCACCACAACGUGGUCCAAAAACCCUCAUAAAGAUUAUGGCAAGGUUGGCAGGCUGGGACAAGAGUGUGUGACUUAUUUCUAAUGAGUGAUGGCGAGUUAUUAAUUAUAUUCAGUGUUUAUUGUCUGUCUGUGCUUCAUAUAUACGUCUCUUCAGGUAGGUUUGUUCUUGUAAGUAUUUAUUAGAAUUUGUGGUGGAGCACAGCUGUGGCUCAAUGUUUGGUGUCAUUCCCACUUCACUCACAUUACUCCUGUGCAAUAUCAGUGACCUUGUUGUUGUGAUCUGUUGUGAUGUUUCCCAGUGUAACAUUGAACACAAAGGAAAACUUCCUUCUUUUGGAGUGCCUGAGAGCAACAAAUAAGCCACCAUUAGCCAAGAGCAAUCAAGAACUCGGUACUGCAACUGAACUUCAAUUGAGAUGGGUCCAGUUUUGAAGAGCAGUCUGCUACACAACAUAGGGUGCAAAAAUGGACUAUCUGUUGCUGUACCAUGUUGUGUAGCACAUGGACUGUUUAGGGAUCAAAGGCUUUUGGACUUAUCUUUCCUACCCUGAAGGCACAAAGCUUUUCCACUUAACCCUUAAACUGCUAAGCUUUUUAAAAGUCCUGUCAUGGUGCAUAUUGAAGAAAGAUAUGAAGACCUAUAAAUAAAUAAGGAAAAAGUAAGGAUCAAUCACAUGCGGAAAUUUGCGUACGGAAGGAAAUUACUGAUAGUGACUUCAGCUCUUGUAUUGGGGGGUUAAAUUUAAUUAGCCCCAGGCCUAUUCUAGAGUUCAUAACAUUUGCAUAUUUGCAUUUAAUAAGUGUUUGUUCUUUGCUAUGGCUUGUGGUCAGAUCCAUGUCCAAGGCAUUUGGAGGAGAAACAAGUGGCUGCAGAGAAAUCUCUCAAAAACUCCCUUCCAAUGUUGGAGGUGUUUGGAUGCCUAUUUUCCUAUUAGCUCCUCAACAGUUUCCAAUUGUGCCACAGUCUUCUGCUUUUAGAUGAGACUCCCAUGUCUUUUCCUUUUUCAUUUACAAAUGUGCGACACCUCAAGGUAACUACAUAAAUGUAAAAUAGCUCAGAAAUAACUCGGUAAAUAUAAAUAUCUUUUCUGGACAAUGACUUUUGGUUGGGCCUGGUUUGUUUGGAUCUGGUUUAGUUGAACCUGGUUUAGUUGAACCUGGUUUAGUUGGACCUGGUUUGGUUAGACGUGUCUCUGCAGCAUGUGCUGCAUGUACAUCAGGAAGACUGUUUAGUUGGGGUCUGGAUACCAUGUGGUAAUAUAUCUGCUAUCUAGAGACAGCUGGAAGGUACUCUCUCUUCUGAGACAGCUUCAAAGAGUUUCCCACAGAAUCCUUUUGCUUGUCCAAUCCUUAGAAUCCUUUCCUAAAGAACACAUAGGAUACAGACGAUGCUUCAUAAUAACGUGGCUGAAGAUAUGAUGACCAAACUGCAAAUCAGAAAAUGAAGAAAAGAUAACAUUUCCACCGGUCCUGGACCAUUAUCUAGUCUUGAACGAGAUUGAAACUACUUGAUAAUGGUCCAGGACAGACUGAAACAAGAGUUUCUUCAGUUUCUGAUAUGUGGUUUGGUCAUCGACAUAUUGGAUCUCGUUAUACCUCGUGGGGCAAUCUAAUGACUUUGAUCAGAAAGGAUUUUUUUCCAUAUUUACUUAGUUUCCCCUUUGAAUUAGAAUUUUCCUACUUCUAGCUAAUCAAGGUGUGUUAUGCUUGUCCAAUGUCCUUUUAGUAAGAAUCUUCAAAAUAUUUCAUUCAUACUCUAGCUAUGCUAGUACAUAAGUGGGAGAAGAUGCAUCAAAAUAAAGUUGGCAUUGUACUCUCAUUCACAGAUUCUUUUAGGAAAAAUUGUAGUGUGUUAGUUAUAUUUUAAUUAUAGUUUAUCAAAUGUGAGUGCUUGUCUUAUUAAGCUAUGUUACGGGUCAUGCUGUUUAUCCAUAAUAUUGGUAAUAGCACCAAUAUAUGUAUUAAAAUGUUAAUCUGUGCAUCUGGUAUUGAAAACAGUUUAACGUGCCAUACGAUAGUAAUGUAUGUGAUAUCCUGUCCCCUGUGGCAUGGAGAUCAUAUAAAUAUUACCGUACAUCACAAAUUUUAAGGAAUUCAUGUUUUAUGUCCACUAACAACACAUACAAAUUUGUGUGCCAAUGAAUGUAUUUUUAAUACAAGUACCUGUAUUGAUGAA